AGGCCCCGCCACGCCAGACCGUGGCCCCGUCCCGGGAAGACGGCAGCCAGAGUCGCUCGCGAAGUGUCAGUACGGAGAAAAAUUGAAAGAGAGAGAGAGAUAGAGAGAUUGGAGUAUAAACGAAGACUAUAAUUGAGCUGCUAAAAUUUCCCUCUAGUUCGGUCCCGAAUCGAAUUCUGUACUUCAUCAGCUUCUGAUAGGAACCAUCGAUGUCUCUCCCCAUGAAAGCCGACGUUCAAGGAAGCCUUGUUGGCUCGGAGAUUCAUGGCUUCCAUACAUUACAAGAAUUGGAUGUUACAAACAUCAGGGAGGAAGCAAGCGGAAGAUGGCUUCGCCCAAAUGAAAUUCAUGCAAUUCUAUGUAACUACAAAUAUUUUGUCAUCCACGUCAAGCCAGUGAACUUGCCUACAAGUGGAACCAUUGUACUAUUUAACCGCAAGAUGCUUAGGAAUUUCCGCAAAGAUGGACAUAAUUGGAAGAAAAAAAAGGACGGGAAGACCAUAAAAGAAGCACACGAACACCUAAAAGUUGGUAAUGUAGAAAGGAUACAUGUAUACUAUGCCCAUGGCCUAGAUAACACAACCUUUGUUCGUCGGUGUUAUUGGCUCCUUGAUAAGACUCUUGAACACAUUGUCCUUGUUCAUUACCGUGAAACACAAGAGGUCAAUUUUAGCCCAAUGCAUCUGCAGUUGCAGAGCUCUCCAUCCAUGUCUAUGAAUUCAAAUUCUGGUUCUGUCUCUGACCCAUCAACUCCUUGCCUUUUAUCGGAAGAACUUGAUUCUAGGGAUAAUCAUGGUUAUUCCGUUGACAAAAAUGAACGUUCAGAGCCAAGAGACACUACAACAGCCAUGAAUCAUGAACAACGGCUUCAUGAGAUCAACACGCUCGAGUGGGAUGAACUUCUUGUGACAGACGAGCCUUUCAAACCUUCCAUACCUAAAGGAGACAGAUUUUCAUACUUUGACCAACGGAGCCAAGUCCCAACAAAUGUGGCCAACAAUUUAUUGGGGAACACGCCUUUGUUUAAUAAUCCAGUUGAGCCAAUUGGGAGUGCCUAUAUGCCACUAACAAGUGGUCAAACAAAUUUAAAUGUGGAGAGUAAGGAAUCCAUUCCAAUUACUUCAUUGGACAAUUUGUUAAAUGAUGGAUUGCUGCAAAGCCAGGACAGCUUUGGACGAUGGAUAAAUGAAGUCAUCACCGAGUCUCCUGAUACAGUCAUUGAUCCUGCCAUUGAGCCAUCCAUUUCAUCCAUUCACAAUUCUUUUACCGAUCCAACAUUAAAUCACUGUCAAUCUUCUGUUAUGGAGCAAAUUUUUAACAUAACUGAUAUCUCACCUGCGUGGGCCUUUUCAACAGAAAAAACCAAGAUUCUAAUCACGGGAUAUUUUCACAAUGAGUACUUGCAUCUGGCAAACUCCAAUAUAUUGGUCGUGUGUGGUAAUGCCAGUGUUAAUGCUGAUUUAAUUCAACCUGGAGUUUAUCGAUGUGUGGUACAACCACAUUCAACUGGACUAGUAAAUUUAUUCGUGAGCUUAGAUGGUCAUAAACCUAUCAGUCAAGUUCUGAAUUUCGAGUAUCGUGCACCACUUUUACGAGAGCCUGUAGUUGCUUCAGAACAGAUCCAAAAGUGGGAGGAGUUUCAAGUUCAGAUGCGGCUUGCUCAUCUGUUGUUCUCUACAUCCAGAAGCCUGAGCAUCAUGUCGACUAAAUUGUCACCCACUUCCCUGAACGAGGCCAGGAAAUUUGCUGUCAAAACUUCUGACAUUUCUGACAGUUGGAUUUAUUUGUUGAACUCAAUAAAAGAAAAUAACACUCCAUUUCCUCAAGCAAGAGCCUGUGUUCUUGAGAUCAUUUUGAAAAGUAGGUUAAGGGAAUGGCUGAUAGAAAGAGUUGCUGAAGGCUCAAAGAAAAGCACUGAUUUCGAUAUAAAAGGUCAGGGAGUAAUCCAUUUGUGUGCCAUCUUGGGAUAUACCUGGGCUAUACAUCUAUUUGCCUGGUCUGGUUUAUCAAUAAAUUUUCGAGAUAAAUUCGGAUGGACAGCUCUUCACUGGGCAGCUUAUUAUGGAAGGGAGAAAAUGGUAGCUGUUCUUUUGUCAGUUGGGGCAAAACCAAACUUGGUCACUGAUCCCUCAUCAAAGAACCCUCUGGGAUACAUAGCUGCAGAUCUUGCAUCUUUGAAUGGUUAUGAUGGCUUAGCUGCUUAUCUUUCUGAAAAGGCUUUGGUGUCACAUUUUAAUGAUAUGAGCUUGGCUGGAAAUGUUCGUGGUUCAUUGGAAACUAGUACAAUGACCGAUGCCACUAACUCGGAUAGCAUCAGUGAGGAGCAGAUGUAUAUGAAAGAAACAUUGGCAGCUUACCGAACAGCUGCUGAUGCAGCAGCGCGCAUACAAACUGCAUUCCGUGAGAAUUCUUUAAAGCAAAGGACUCAAGCAAUUGAAUUCUCCACCCCAGAAGAUGAAGCACGGGGUAUUGUUGCAGCCAUGAAGAUUCAACAUGCUUACCGCAACUUUGAGUCACGAAAAAGAAUGGCAGCUGCAGCUCGUAUUCAAUACAGAUUCCGCACUUGGAAGAUCCGCAAAGAGUUCCUUAAUAUGCGUCGUCAUGCUAUUAGGAUUCAAGCUGCAUUUAGAGGCUUCCAAAUGCGGAGGCAGUAUCGCAAGAUUUUAUGGUCGGUAGGCGUAAUCGAUAAAGCCAUACUGCGCUGGCGUCUUAAGAGGAAAGGUUUUCGUGGGCUUCAAGUUGCACCUGCUGAAGUGACAGAACAGCAGGAAAUUGGCGUAGAAGAGGACUUCUACCACGUGUCCCAAAAACAAGCAGAAGAACGAGUAGAGAAAGCUGUUGUACGGGUUCAGGCUCUGUUUCGAUCAAAGAAAGCUCAAGAGGAGUAUCGAAGGAUGAAGUUAACCUACAAUGAAGCAGCGCUGGAAUAUGAAGAACUUUCACAUCCUGAUAUGAAUUUGAGUAGCUGAAAGCACAAGUUUGUGAAGAUUUCUAUGACUGUGGUAGUGAUUAACAGUCUACACUAUAAAUGGUUGAAGUCAGUAGUUUCCUUAGCUUAGGCCAACACGAGGAACAUCUGGUACCAAUACUUGAUAGUCAAAGAUGGGCGCCUUUGAGUUUGGCUCUUUAUUGUGGCAACAAGUUUAGUGGCCAAUGAACUUCUUAGGUUGGGGAAGGAAGAUAAAGCCCUUAGUGCCAAAGCAAAUGUUAUUGGUACCAGAUGCUUAUCUUGCUUGUACUUGUAAGUAUAUGGAUAGUUCAGUC